AUGGAGACAGAGAUGGCGGACGUCUUGUCGGCGGUGGCAGCCUUUCGAGGCACGGAGGAGUACGCAGCGGCGUUUGAUUUGGAGGUGUGGAAGGCGCAGCAGCGGGCGCGUCUGCGGGAGGAGAUGUCGGAGGAGCGGCGAGAGAAGGAAAAAGUGAAAAAGAAAGAAAAGAGUCGGGAGGAGCUGUCGGAGUUGGAGGGACUGCGGGCGGAGUUGGUCGCCCUCGCCGGGCGUCUGCGGCGGCGGGAGGAAGCGCUGCAGCGGCGGGUGGCGGCCUUCGAGGCGCGGGAGGCGGCGGCCGACGGACGGCGGGUGCGGGUGGCGGAGCAGCACGAGCGGCACCUCCUCGCCGUCGAGGCCCGCGCCAGGCGGCAGUUGGAGGAGGCGGCGGUGCAGCAGGAGGAACUCCGCGCGCAGCUGCGGGAGCGGGAGCGGACUGUGGCACAUCUAGAGGAGAGACGGCGUGCGGUGGAGAGUGAGUAUGACUCACUACAGCGUUGCUUGGCGCGAAAUUUGACUGAGGAUGAGGAUAAAGCACGAGUUAGGGUCUUGGAGGAACAACUGGCAACAGCAAACGCGGCGGUAAUGAAGCUGCAACUGCGGUUAAAGGAACGUGAGUCAGAGUUGAUGUCAGUACAGAAGGAACGUGACCAACUCGUAGAGACAUCUAAACUUUAUAAGGAUCAAUUAACACAACUCACUCAGCGCUAUGGGGAACUACAAGAGCAGUGGCACAGUCGUGAGCAGGCGUUGCUGGAGGAGGAACGGCGCCGAUUAGAGGAGGACAAACGACGUCACCAACUUGCCUCUUUCCAUUUGGGUAAUGAGGGAAGAACUGUACACCGGUAUGAAUUACUCAGUCAACAGGCUGCAGAAAAUCUUGUUACCAAGGCUACAAGAGAAAUUUCCUUAACACCUACUGGAUAUAAAGAUGACUACCGAACAUUAUUAAAAGAGCUACAGAGUGAAGUAGCAAAGGAAUUAGGUGAUAUGAACACCAAGGGAAAUAAGGUUACUACCAAACCUAAACAACGAUUAGUUUACGCCGAAGUAAAUCCACAAAAAGAUAAAGGAAGGACUAUUUCCCGCAAUAUAGAAGAUGAGGCACGAAGAAGAAGAAAAAAAGGAACAGCAACAACAAGAAAAAGAGAAGCGAUACAACAACCUAUGGGUAAUGGAGCGCAUGAAGCGGUUUCUAUUGCUAUUUCAACUGAUGAUAUUACUAGCCCAACAUUAUCAUCCUUGUCACAUCGUGAAGUUGAUUUUCGUCGUGAACCCACCGAACCGUAUAGAAGUCCCUUAGAAGAACGUCCACUGCAACAUGAAGUAAUGGAAGGUGAUGAUGAAAUAGAUGUUUCAUCAUCCUAUUGUUACGCUGAGAUAGAGUCAUGUCUUACUGAAGAGGAGGAACGAAAUGUUUUACCUAAAAACAUAGUGGGAUCAGAAGGAGCAGUAGACCAAUUGCCGCCACUUGCCCCAACUGGAGCUACUUCUGGAGCUACGUCUGUCCUUGAUGUUUCGUAUGACACAAAACUGCAACCACCUCCUCCCUUACCAGAAGACUUUGUACAAGCAUCAAGAGCUCUCCCACCACCUCCUUCACGAGAGUCUACAAGAGCUGAAAUGAUAGCAUUUGUUGAAAAGCUUCGUGCAAAUAAACAGAAACUGCUUGAUUCUGGUGUUUACAGUGAAGGUGAUACUCUUUUGAGGGAGAUGGGGGAAAAAAUUGCGCUGUAUGAAGAUUUUCUAGCGCGACAUUUCUAG